AUGAAGGUUGCUCUAGCCUUGACAUUCUACACCCUUGAAUUUCUGAAGACUUGGGCGUGGCCUGAGGAAAACUGCGGACAGAGCGUUCCCUCUGGCGGCCACAUCGGACGCAUUCUUGCAAGACAAAGUCGGCCAGCACGCAGUGGAGAGCAUCCAUGGACGGUAUCUAUUCAAAUGGUGAAUCAAACAAGACAUAUCUGCUCUGGAUCUCUCAUAACAGCGGAAGUUGUUCUGACCGCCGCACAUUGUCUGGAAGACCAGCUUCCAAGAAAGUUCAAAGUGAUAGCUGGGUUCACCAAUAAAAUGGAAAGCAGUCCUUUUAUUCAAAAACGCUUUGUGUUAAACUAUUACCUUCACGAGCGUUUCAUUGACGACAUAGAACAUGAUUUAGCGAUCAUCAAGCUAAAGAAACCGUUCAGCCUCUACCGGAGCAAUGGACACAUCGCACCUGUCUGUCUUGCUCGUCAAGGAGAACGGGUUCUGAACAAUGUAGACGUCGUCGCAUGGAAAAUGGAAUCUGAAGAUGAAUCUUCAGGUCGAUUUCUUCGCACGAUCACACUUCCCAUAAGAAAAGGAAGUAGGUGCAGGAGUGACGUUUAUUACCACAACGACCGAACAACAUUCUGCGCUGGGCCCAAGAGAGGAGGCAAAUGCGUGGAGGACUCCGGUGGCCCAGCGGUUCAGGAAGACUAUUUUAAGGUAACGCAAGUUGGCAUUCUAUCGUACGGCAAGAUUUGUCAUAGUCAACUGGGAUUCUUCGUCCGAUUAAGCAAUUACAUUGACUGGAUUGAAGAAAAGUUGAACACCAUAAAAUCGUGA